AUGAGACCAACGCGUAAUUUGCGAAGAAAAGUGAGUAUCCUCCAUCAAGGUGUGGUAGUUCUGAGGGAAUACCGAUAGGAUCGAUUAUAAGAGCAUCUGUUUGACUUUGAUUUUGGCACAGCUAAGGUACUUAGCUGAGUGCGUCGAUAAAUCAUGCUCGGAGACGUUCGCUAAGUAACUACGUGUUUGUCCGUUCAUGAGAACCAAAAGAAAUGUCCGGAGGAGGUUCAUCUUCAUCGACCUAUGCGCGGCGCGUAGCUGCGCUUGGUCAGCGUCGUGGUCCUCGCAGUCGGAGUGGCGCAUCUGACGGGGACGAGCAGGCGGUGGUGCUCGAUCCUUCGGAUGCUGGAAUUGAGGAGGCCAUCCAGCGCCUCGAGCGAAAGUCCUUCAUCCUAGCUGGUCUCAUUCCGGAAAUCCAGAGCCUACUCGCGGUCCCAGCGGUCGAAGCGAAGAACGCGUAUAUAGCCGCGCUGACGCAGUAUUCACUGGUGAUGAUGCUCAUCCUGGCUUCGCUCCUUGGGUCCGCGCUGAACCCUUUGAGCGCGGAGAACUACCCAGAAUGUCCGCAGGGUUUCGUGGCCGCGUACAACAUGCUGGCGAUGACCAUUUGCGCCGCGUCUCUUUUCGGAACUUGCGUCCUCGUGCUCGAGAGCAUCAUCGUGGAGGGCACGCCGACGCAUCGGAUUCACAGCAUCAUCGCGAAAUCCGACGCUCUCUUCCAUUUCGGAACGAACAUGCUGGCCUGCGGCUUGCAUGGGACAACGCCGCUAAUCCUUCUAAGAGCGUGGAUCAGUGGGCUCGAGAAAACGCAGUGCAUCAUUCUCACUGCGAUCUGCGGCAUUAUCUACUGCAUGAUGAUGGUUGUGUACUUUCGUCACCUGCAAAGACACUGGCCCGUGAUCGCACAGCGCUGGACAAAGAUGUUUGCGCCGUUCCUGUACAGGCAGAAAGCGAGUUCUGCAGCGAUCGAGGAUCUGGUGGCCGAAUUGCGCUACCUCCAGCAACCACGGGACAAAACGCUGACACCGGCGCAGCUUGGUUCGUUAUUAGACCAGUACCUGGCAGCUUUGGAUCAGGUGUUGCUAGCUGACCAAUCGGAGUUUCUCCAUUUUUUAGAGACAGAGGCAGGCGGGCGACUCGCGCCGAUGAUGGAAAUGUUGGCAAAAAAAACCUUUGAGAAAGCCAUCGACGUGGCAGUAGAAAAAAUGGCUGAUGAAGCGAUUUUUAAGCAACAAAAAUACUUGUAG